UAAAAAUAUAAUCAUUUUAUUUCAUAUGAAAAAAUUACAUUGACUAUAACUAUUAAAUUGAGAUUACUAAUUAGAUUCUUUAGAUUAUACAUUGUAUAAUUUGUGGUAAAUAUAUAAUAUAUACAAUAUAUUUGUAUAAUCAGGGAAUAAUUGUUUAUGAUUGUUGAUAUAAUCACUAUGCAGAAUACAAAUUCUUUUUUAAACCAUAGUCAUUCAAAAGAUCAAUAUGAAAUUGUUCCCAAACCAUUAGAAGUUAUCGAUUCUAUUCUUUCUAUGGAUGAUACAAUUUUAAAAAGUAUUGAAGAUGAUGAUAAUAUACCAUUUACCACAAGUCCUAAAGUACAUGACAAAACUUUACAUAACUUUGCACAUGAAUGGCAAAAUACAAUCAAGGCACAAGAAACUACUAAAGAAUUCAAAGGCGGUGGUAAUAAUAAGUUGGACUUGCCAAUUGAAACUGAAAAAGUAAAUAAUAUAUCUACUGAAGGGAACAGUUGGCAAGAUAAUACAUUUUUGAAUGAAGUUUUUACACAAUUGGAAUCAUCUAUUAAAAAAGAUGAUGAUCAUGAACAUUUCAUUGAGGUUCUUACUCAAACCACUGAAAAUUAUACUAAAGAAUCAGUAUUUGUAGAAAAUGUAGAUGUAUCAAGGAAAGAACAUCAUCAUGUAAAUUCAAAAAGAAGUUUAAACGAAUAUAAUAAUGUAAUUCCAAGUAAGAUACAUUAUUCAAAUGAUAAGAAAAUAAAUAAAAGAAAUUCAAAUUUAUAUCAUUCAACUUCUAUAAAGGAUGAUAGGUUUUAUGGUUUACCAAGUGCAGUAAAGCAACUUUUCUCACAAAUUAGGGGUAUUGAUACAUUAUAUGAGUGGCAGGAUGAAUGUUUAAGUUUAGAUGCAGUAAAAAACAGAAAAAAUUUAAUUUAUGCUCUUCCAACAAGUGGAGGUAAAACAUUGGUUGCAGAAAUAUUAAUGUUAAAGGAAGUUAUAUGUAAUAAACAAAAUGCAAUAUUUAUAUUGCCAUUUGUUGCUAUAGUACAAGAAAAGGUUCAAGCGAUGGCACCAUUUGCAUUAGAAUUGGAUUUCUUAAUCGAGGAAUAUGCUGCAUCAAAGGGAGCUUAUCCUCCUAAAAAACGUCGAAAAAAAAAUAGUAUAUAUAUGUGUACAAUAGAAAAAGCAUUGGGUUUAAUAAAUAGUUUAAUAGAAGAAAAACGUUUUAAGGAAAUUGGCCUUAUAGUAGUAGAUGAACUACAUUUAAUUGGUGAAGGCGGAGGCAGAGGUGCUACACUAGAAGUAAUUUUAACAAAAGCAUUGUAUGUUAAUGAAACCGUUCAUAUUAUCGGAAUGAGUGCAACGAUAGGCAAUUUAAAUGAAAUAGCGGAAUUUUUGAAAGCGGACUUAUACACAGGAAAUUUUCGUCCUGUUGAAAUUAAAGAAUAUGUUAAAUGCGAUGACUGUAUUUGGUUACUUGAUUUAAAAUCAGAAGAACUAUUAACAGAUAUGAAAAAAAUUAAUUACCGUUAUUCAAGUGAUGCAGCAAUCAUAGAUCCCGAUAGAAUUGGUGGUCUAGUAAUGGAUGUAGUUCCAAAAGAUUCGUGUCUCAUAUUUUGUUCCAGUCGGAAAAAUUGUGAAAAUGUUGCAUUAUUAUUAACAAAAAUUUUGUUCAAAUCCUUGGAAGCACAUAAGACAAACGAAAAACAAAAUUUAUUGAAUGCACUUGAAAGAGAAGAAGGCCUUUGUCCUAUCUUACAAAAAACCAUAAGGUUUGGUGUAGCUUAUCACCAUUCUGGCCUUACAGCCGAGGAAAGACGAUUAUUGGAAGAUGCUUUUAAAGCAGGAACGCUUUGUGUAAUAUGCUGUACAUCUACGUUAGCAGCCGGAGUAAAUCUACCAGCUAGAAGGGUGAUAUUAAGAAGUCCAUACGUUGGUAGCGAGUUUAUAAAUUUAAGUAGAUAUAAGCAAAUGAGCGGGAGAGCUGGCCGUGCUGGUAUGGGAGACAUAGGAGAAAGCAUAAUUAUCUGCAAAAACAAUGAGUUACCUAAGGUGAAGGAACUUUUGGAAUCCAAAAUGGAUGAUUGUAUAAGUUCAUUACAUGUGAAUAAAGAUAGGGGUAUAAAUAAUUUAAUUUUAAGUGCUAUAUUAUACUCAAUUGCAAAAACUCGAUUCGAGUUACAAAAACUUGCAACAAGAACAUUACUUAAUAUACAACAGGAACGUUUAGGUAUAAAUAUUAAACAUAUUGUGGAUUCAGCAAUAACUGAAUUAUUGAAAAGUGGUGUAAUAAAAGUAAAAGAUAAAAGUAAAAGCAUUGAUGUGUAUCAACCAAAUAUAACUGUUGCUAUUCCAUCACAAAUUACAUGUCCUAACGAAUCAGAUAUAGAAAAAAAGGUAAAAAAAUCAAUACAACUUAUGAACGAUACCAAACUAGAUUUGUGCAAUUUAGGACGCGCAGCUAUGAAAGGAUGCAUCGAUAUUCAGUGUGCAUAUACAUUAUAUGAAGAUUUAAAAAAAGCUCAAGAACAUUUAGUUCUCAUCGAUUAUUUACAUUUGUUAUAUCUUGUUACUCCAUAUGAUAUAAUACCUCAAGUAAAAGUAGUGGGAAGUGUUUAUUACGAUGUUGUAAUAAAUUUAUCGGAAACGCAAAUGAAAACAGCAAGAGUACUUGGAAUCAAUGAAGUAGCUAUAACUAAAAUACGUGAUGGUCUAAUGCCCAAAAACGUAGAACCAAGAGUAGUUCAGCGAUUUUAUGUAACAUUAAUACUAUACGACCUGUGGUGUCAACACGCGGUGUACACCAUAGCAGAAAAAUAUCAAGUAAACAGAGGCACUGUGCAAAAUCUUUUAUCUGCAGUAUCAACAUUUGCAUUUUCUGUAGUGAGAUUUUGUCAGGAAUUAGACGAAUUUUGGGCGUUCAAAGAUUUAUUAGAUGCAUUCAGUAAAAAAUUAUCAUACUGUUGCCCUUUGGAAUUGGAAGCAUUAAUGGAUUUACCAUUAGUAAAAAUUGGAAGAGCACGUCAGUUGUAUAAUGCAGGUUUCAAAACAGUACAAUGUAUAGCUAAAGUACAACCAAAGGAAUUGCUGGAAAAAGUUCCAUACUUGAGCAAAAAAACUGCAACACAUAUUAUUGAAGCUGCUAAAUUGAUUAUAUUGGAAAAGAUUCAAAAUUUGGAAGAAGAAACAGAAGAUAUCUUAGACGGUAUAAAUAUAAAGAAUUUAAAGAGGGUUUAAAUUGUGCAAAUUAAA